GAUGGAGAUACAGUUUAGUUUGUCGUAGACACAUGUGCAGUGAGCUGAGUGUGGGAAGGCAGGAAGCUAGGCCCCCUGCUAUUUUCUCUUUUUUAAGCCACUUUGUUCUUGGUGGGGAAGAUUCAGGUUGCAGGCUCUUCUGGAGCUCAGAAGGAAUCAGAGCGUUCUCCUCUUUCUGAGACCCCAAAUUUCCUGCUGUAUGAAGACAUGGUUUUUAUUAACCUCUCAUUCCAUUCACCAGGCAUUUAAAUGUGAACUACAGAUCUGCUUCUGUGGGGCUCAGCCUCUCAGGGGGAGUUGAGGUCACUCUCCCUCAGGGAGAUGAGCCCACAGUCCUGGGUUCUGGCCCAUGACUUUCCAGCAGGUGCUUCCUCCCAGAAUGCUUCCCUGGGUCAAACCCAGAGCCACAAAGGCUUCCAUUAGACCAUUCUGGAAGGAAAGUGCUUCCCAGCUGGUCAGGUCCCAGGAGCAGUGGCUGUAGGGGGCAGGGUGCUGCAGGUCUGGAGCCAUGGCCUGGACGUCUGUCCUGCUCAUGCUGCUGGCCCACCUCACAGGUAAGGGAACUCUUGGGGUCCAGGGCUUCCUUGCUCCUCCUGUGGCCUUGCUCUGCCCCAGUGAUGGACAUGCUUCUAUCUUCUCAGGUUGUGGCCCUCAGCCCAUGGUGCAUCAGCCACCAUCAGCAUCUUCUUCCCUUGGAGCCACCAUCCGCCUCUCCUGUACCCUGAGCAACGACCAUAACAUUGGCAUUUACAGCAUUUACUGGUACCAGCAGAGGCCGGGCCACCCUCCCAGGUUCCUGCUGAGAUACUUCUCACACUCAGACAAGCACCAGGGUCCCGAUAUCCCACCUCGCUUCUCCGGGUCCAAAGAUACGGCCAGGAACCUGGGGUAUCUGAGCAUCUCUGAACUGCAGCCUGAGGACGAGGCUGUGUAUUACUGCGCUGUGGGGCUCCGGAGCCACGAAAAGAAGAGAAUGGAGAGAGAGUGGGAAGGAGAAAAGUCGUAUACAGAUUUGGGAUCUUAGGCUCUGGAGACAUUCAGACCCUGAACUGAAGACAGAGCUUGCUUUGCUCGGCUAGUCUGGUAUGGGAAGGAGGGGUAGAAUGUGGGGCUUUGCAGAGCCUAGAAGAUGGAGUUAUGCAGCUUUUCCUUGUUCUGCGGUGUUGCUAUGAGCCCCCAUCGGAGGCUGGAUCGUAGAAUUAAAGCUGUUUUUACUGA